UGGAGACGAUCAUCAAAUUCCGCCAAAGAAAGAGGGGUAUUGCGUGGUUCAAGGGAUACCCCUGUCGGGACGGAUUAGUGAUCAAAUAGGAAGGACUGUACCUGUCACAAUUAAUCUAAUUUGAUCGGGACACUGAAGACUAAGCCAGUGGUUGAGGGCAGGUUGCUGUCGACCACGACUUGCUGACAGGUCAGGGCUCGGAAACACCGCAUCUCAGCCUGCUUGGCUGUGUUGCUUGACUCAUUCUUGAAUGAUGUGCGAUUGGAACAUGUCUCAGACUCCAAGACCUGCCACAGAGCCUAAGCACGACGCACGGAACCGGAACCCAUCUAGUUAUUCUUGGACUAGCUUUGCCGAAGGUAGGAACCUUGUUGCCAUGAGGCGGUCGCGAACAUGCACGUGGAAAGUGCAGGCGAACCCUGUCUGCGGCAGCAAGGAGAACGGGGUUUCAGCCUUUGUGUCCAGUACUCUAGUGCUCACGGAAAAUUGUACGACCACAGCACGCCCAGACCUACAUGAGUAUAUUGGAAUUAGAUUGUCAAUAGAUGAGGGCACAUUUGAAGAAAAACGUCCGACACGGUGGAGACUCACUUUUGGCCCCCAAGUACUGCAGCAGCCAAUGUGGAUGAGUGAUGGUGGACAAGCGACAUCCACCGUCGUGCCUCUAAACACGCCCCAAAGACUCUAGAUUAGUGCCGGCAUGUCCAUCCUUUCCUGUUAGGGACAUCCUUCCCGGGACUUUUCCUUCACACCUGCCGAUCUCCACUUAGUCAGGGUCAACCCCA